AUGCCCGGGGCUUGCCAAGACCCAGCUGUGCCACUCUCCUCUCCUGCAGAGGUUUGGAUCCACCGGUACCACAAGCAGCUGGUGAGGUCCAUCUCGCCGCAGUUCCUGGAGGAGAUCAUCUGCCACCUGGGGAGGCUGGAGCUCCUGACAGCAGAGGAGGCCAGCCAGGCACGGCAGGAGAGCUCCCUGCCCGAGCAGGUGAGGGCCGUGGUGGAUGUCCUGGCCAGCAAGGGCAGCCACGCCUGCCAGACCCUGCAGACCUUCAUCAGGACCACCAACUCCCAGCUCUACCUCCACAUCACUGUCUAUGAGCCCAUGGUGCAGAAGCACCUGGAGAGCCUCCAAAGCUACUGUGGGAAUGGCUUGGAGACAGGUGCCCUGCAGCGACUCACCAACCUGCUGCUGGUGGAAGGAUUGACUGAUAUCCAGCAGCAGGAGCACGACAUCCUGCAGAUUGAAACCACCAAAGGCCUACCAAACACAUCCAAGAGCAUCCCUCUGGAGAAGCUCUUCCUGCCUCUCUCCAAGGUCAGCAUCCCACCACGGAUCUCUGUCACCAUUGGAGUGGCUGGGAUUGGCAAAAGCACACUGGUGAAGCUGUUUGUCUGCACCUGGGCAAAGGGGGAGAUCAACAGGGACAUCAUGUUUGUGCUGCCCCUCACCUUCCGGGAGCUCAACGCCCACGAGAAGCUCUCUGCCGAGAGGCUCAUCUGCUCGGCCUUCCCUCACAUCACAGAGCCCAGCUGCAUCCUGGCAGGAGCUGCCAGGACCCUGCUCAUCCUCGAUGGCUUGGACGAGUUCAAGACUCCUCUGGACUUUUCCAACGCAGUGGUAUGCACUGAUCCCAGAAAGGAGAUCCCAGUGGACAACCUGGUCACCAACAUCAUACGGGGCAACCUGCUGCAGGAGGCUUCUGUCUGGGUCACGUCGCGGCCGACGGCAGCCAGGCAAAUCCCUGCAGGGCUGGUGGACAGGAUGACGGAAAUACGAGGGUUUGGGGCCGCAGAGAUAAAGGACUUCUUGGACCAGAUGUUCCUUGACGACAGAGACCUGUCCAGCCAAGUCCUGCAGCACAUCAGAGCUAACAGGUCGUUACACGUCCUGUGCACUGUUCCUGGCUUUUGCUGGAUUUCUGGCUCCUCAGUUGCCUAUUACCUAAAAACCAGUGUGGGUCAACGCCAAGAAACAACCGUCGUCCCCAGGACCCUGUCAGAAAUCUACUCCUAUUAUUUUAAAAUGGCUCUGGUGGGCAGUGACUGUCCAGAAAAGCCAAGAGAAACCCUCAGGAUCGAGCAGGCUGUGAGCAACAGCAAGAAGAUAGUGGGCAGCCUGGGCAGACUGGCCUUCUACGGGCUGCUCAGGAAGAAACACGUGUUUUACGAGCAGGACAUGAAGGCACAUGGCAUCGACCUCUCCUCGCUGCAGAGCAGCCUGUGCACUCGCCUCUUGCUCAAGGAGGAGAUGCAGACCUCCACAGCCUAUUACUUCUCCCACUUAACCAUACAGGAGUUCCUGGCAGCUCUUUAUUACUACACGGCGGCCAAGCGGGCGAUAUUUGACCUCUUCACGGAGAGCGGGAUGUCCUGGCCCAAGCUGGGCUUCCUCAGCCACUUCAGGAGCGCCGUGCAGAGAUCGCUGCAGGCAGAGGACAGGCAGCUGGACGUCUUUGUUCGUUUCCUCUCCGGGCUCCUCUCCCCACAGGUGAACAAGCUGCUCUCCGGGUGGCUCCUGGUGAAGGACGAGCAGAACGGCUUCAGAAGCCAGGCGACCGCCUUCCUGCAGGGCUGCCUGAACACCGACUACGCCAUCUCCCUGCGCACGGUGAACACCGUGCGCUGCCUGCACGAAAUCCAGCACAUGGAGAUCCCCAAGGCUGUGGAGGAAGCCAUGAAGAGCCAGAGCCUGGCCGGGAUGCUCACCCCUGUGAACUGCUCUGCCCUGGCUUAUCUCCUGCAGGCCUCUGACGUCUGCAUGGAGGAGACAAACCUGUCCAACUGCCUCACCUACAACGUCUGUAAGAGCCUGCUCUCCCAGCUCCUCUUCUGCCACAACCUCAGGCUGGACAAUAAUCAGUUUAAGGACAAUGUGAUGGAGCUGCUGGGCAGUGUGCUGAGUGUGAAGGACUGCCAGAUCCAGAAGCUCAGCUUGGCAGAAAAUCAGAUCAGCAACAAGGGAGCCAAAGCACUGGCCAGGUCGCUGCUGGUGAACAGAAGCCUGAUGGCACUGGACCUGCGGAGCAACUCCAUCGGCCCCCCUGGAGCAAAGGCACUGGCUGAUGCACUGAAAAAGAACCAAAGCCUGCUCUCCCUGAACCUUCAGCACAACACCAUCAAGGAGGACGGUGCCACCUUCCUGGCCGAGGCCCUGCUGACCAACCACCGGCUGGUGACCCUGCACCUGCAGAAAAACGCCAUCGGAGCCCAGGGCGCCGGGAAAAUCGCGGAGGCGCUGAAGCAGAACUGCAGCCUGAGGGAGCUGACACUCUCCAGCAACUCAGUGGGAGACAACGGUUCCAUUGCCUUGGCCGAAGCUCUGAGGGUGAACCACAGUCUGCAAAGCCUUGAUCUCCAGAGCAACUCCAUCAGCAGCACAGGGGUCACAGCACUGACAGCAGCUCUCUGUUCCAACAAGGGACUCAUCAGCCUCAACCUUCGUGAGAACUCCAUCAGCAAGGAGGGGGGCCCUGCCAUCGCUCGCGCCCUGCGGACCAACAGCACCCUCAGGAGGCUGGACUUAGCAGCAAACCUGCUGUGUGAUGAAGGCGGCAAAGCCAUCGCUUUGGCCCUCAGAGAGAACCGGGCACUCACAUCCCUCCACUUGCAGUGGAAUUUCAUCCAGGCAAAAGCUGCCAUGGCCCUGGCACAAGCACUACAGUCCAACAGCAGCCUGGCCAGUCUCGACUUGCAGGAAAAUGCCAUCGGAGACGAGGGAAUGGCUGCCCUCUCUGAUGCACUGAAGGUCAACACGACCCUGGCAGAUCUCCACCUGCAAAUGGCUUCGGUUGGGACCGCUGGUGCCCAGGCCCUGGCAGAGGCUUUGAUGGUCAACAAGAGCCUGCAGAUCCUGGACUUGCGGGGGAACUCCAUCGGUGUGGCAGGGGCCAAGGCCAUGGCCAACGCCCUCAGGGUGAACAGCAGCCUCCGCCGCCUCAACCUGCAGGAAAACUCCCUGGGCAUGGACGGAGCCAUUUGCAUCGCCACCGCCCUGAAGGGCAACCACGGCCUCACCUACGUGAACCUGCAGGGGAAUCGGAUCGGCCAGUCGGGAGCCAAGAUGAUCUCCGACACCAUCCGGACAAACGCUCCCAACUGCGUCGUGGAUGUGUGAGGGUGCCUGGCUGCAGUGAGGAGUGUGGCCAGUGUGACCCCACAGGGAGCUGCUUGGUCCCCAUCUCAGGGAAGAGAGCUGGGGCAAGGAGAGCUCCUGAGCUCCCUGGCGUGGCCCAGGAGGACCAAGGGUGUCCAGAUCAGCAGUGCAGGAGGGUCGAGACUCGCUGGCGUUGAAAGCUGAGGGAUGUGUGCCUGUGUCCCUGUUCAUCCAGGCUCUGGGGGAGCUUCAAGGAAUGAGCAAAACACAAAAAGGAGGGAGGAGGGGGCAGACCCAACAUGCCAGACCUUGGUUUCGUGGGUGAUUUAUCUUCAGGCAGCAGCAACCCCUCCUGUGAUCUCCACAGGGUUACAGUGCUGUGCUUGGACCCUGACUCAGACAAGGUGCAUCCUGGACCUCUGCUCUGUCCCAGCCCAAGUCACUGUGGGCAAAUGUUGCAACACCCCCGAUGGGGCUCCAGGGCUCUGCUCCCAGUGCCAGCUCUUCUCUGUCUUCUGCUUCUGGCAGGGAUCCCAGAAGAACUGGGUGAAAAGCAGACAGGGCUCACAGCAGCCCCUUCUCACCUGGUUAAAUACAGCCUGGUCCUGCAGGCUCCCCUUGAAACGCCUUAAGGACACAGGAGGUUUGCUGAUUCCUUGCUUGGACGAGGGCAGUGCUGUGGACCUGGGCACUCACAGCAGGAUCCUGGGCUGUUGCUGUGCCCUCAGUAACAGGUUGGUGCUGAUCAGACAUGCCUGAAGGGUUUGGUAGAACUGUUCUCUAGUGAAGAGACGGGCAACUCAAGGCAUAGGAGCAGAACCAUCUAGAAAGACCUUUGGAAAUGAAAAGUCCUCAGGAAAAUGGGAGGAGUAGGAGGGUAAACGUGAGAGGACCAGCACUGCAGGAUGAGCUGUCUCCAGCACAGUGUCUAGGUGCUACACCAGGACUGCCUUAGCUCCCUGCCCCUCCAGCUCAGGCUGGAGUUCUUGGGUCUCCUGCUGUUGCCAUCAGUGACAAGUUCUGUGGCCUUGUCCCCCCCUUGUCCCCAUGUCCCAGCUGCAGGCAAGGUCUGCCCUAGCAGGUCACCUUUUGGGCAGGCUGCUGAAAGCAGAGGUGCCAGGUGAUGCCUUAGUGUGCAUGGCACAGUGGCUCUCCAGAAGGUGCCAGGUUUGCAGGAGAACCAGUAGCUGAACUAUGAACCUCCCAGAGCCCCCUCCAGCCACUGCCCCCCUCCCCACUCCACCCCAGCCAGAGCCCACUCUGAGACACACUGGCACACUCAGGGCAGUGACUGCUGCAGGGACCCCGGGGCUGACACCAGGAACGCUGGGCUGAGCUGUGGGUAUGGACAUACUUGGAAAUAAACUGGUUCCCAGAUGACAAGAUGCUUUGUGCAGCUUUCCCCUUGCAUUGCACGACACAGGGGGUGAGCUGUGCUCCACUGCCCGGCUGCAGAUCCUGAGCUGGAAGCUCAGUUCA